GUCAGGCUGUUACCCUUUUCUACUGCGAUCAAUCAAAGCAAUAGAAACCCAGGCAGGAGCUUCAGAGCUGGAGAGAAAGAGAGAAGGAAAGAGGGGGAAAAACCCUACACGGGCUGUUUGAGCGCCUCAACUCGUAGGUGUUUGUGAUUGGGACUUGGAGAAAUGGAAGAGAAAAAGAAGAGAGGGACCGGGACUCGGGGGUAGUUCGGAUUUGCGCGUUGGAAGGUUUCCUGGCAACUCCCGGAGAAGAAAGGAAGGGGGGAAAAGUCGGGGUUUUGUUUUAGGGAGAAAGAGGAGGAGGAGGAGGUGAAGGAAAUCUGCCCCGGGUGUUGGAGGGGCACUGAUGCCCACCGUGUCCUCUCUCUCCCCGGCUCUCUGCCAUGGGGGAAACUAAAGUGAUCUACCAUCUGGACGAGCAGGAGACUCCUUACCUGGUGAAGAUCUCCGUCCCUGCGGACUCGGUUACCCUCUCCGACCUGAAAAAUGCCCUCAAAAAACCCAACUACAAGUUUUUUUUCAAGUCCAUGGACGAUGAUUUCGGUGUGGUCAAGGAGGAAAUCACAGACGACAACGCCAAACUGCCCUGCUACAACGGCCGUGUGGUGUGCUGGCUGGUGUCAGCUGACGGCUCGCACUCAGACGGAUGCUCGGUGGCGGAGAGUCAGUCAGAGCCUCCGCCGUCUGGGGAGAGGUCUCAGGGCAUCGGAGACUCCAGACCUCCGUCGUUUCAUCCCAAAGCCGCAGGCAGCAGACACGGUGCAGACGAUGAGACGGAGACAGACUCGGUGGUGUCUCACCGGAGGGAGAGAGACCGGCCACGCAGGAAACAUUCGCACGAUCACUCGGGUGCGAGGAUGAACGGUUACUCACGUGUGGGCAGAGGGAUGGAGCUCGGAGGCUACGACGUGUGUGACAGCCGCUCGUCUCUCAUGAGCAGUGAGCUGGAGUCCAGCAGCUGCUUCGACUCUGACGAUGACGGUUCCACCAGCCGUUUCAGCAGCGCGACAGAACAGAGCGGCUCGUCACGUAUGAUGAGGCGACACCGGCGCCGGAGACGGAAACCCAAACCCCAUCACAUGGAGAGGUCAUCGUCCUUCAGCAGCAUCACCGACUCCACCAUGUCCCUGAACAUCAUCACGGUCACAUUAAACAUGGAGAAGUAUAACUUCCUGGGCAUCAGCAUCGUGGGUCAGAGUAACGAGCGAGGGGACGGAGGCAUCUACAUCGGCUCCAUCAUGAAAGGCGGAGCCGUGGCAGCUGACGGACGCAUCGAGCCAGGCGACAUGUUGCUGCAGGUGAACGAUAUAAACUUUGAGAACAUGUGCAACGAUGAUGCGGUGCGCGUGCUGAGGGACAUCGUACAUAAACCUGGACCUGUCUCUCUGACGGUGGCAAAGUGCUGGGAUCCAAAUCCUAACAACUGCUUCACUCCCCGGAGUGAACCCAUUCGCCCGAUCGACCCUGCAGCCUGGGUGUCUCACACGGCGGCCAUGACUGGAAUCUACCCUCCCUACGGCAUGAGCCCCUCCAUGAGCACAGUGACCUCCACCAGCUCCUCCAUCUCCAGCUCCAUACCUGAGACAGAGAGGUUUGAUGACUACCACCUGUCAGUCCAUAGUGACAUGGCAACCGUUGCCAAGGCAAUGGCCUGUCCUGACUCUGGUCUGGAGGUUCGAGACAGGAUGUGGCUAAAAAUCACUAUCGCCAACGCCUUCAUAGGUUCAGAUGUGGUCGACUGGCUCUUCCAUCACGUGGAGGGUUUUGCAGACAGAAGGGAGGCUCGGAAAUAUGGCAGUAACCUGCUGAAGGCUGGAUUCAUCCGCCACACUGUCAACAAGAUCACCUUCUCCGAGCAGUGCUACUACGUGUUUGGGGAUUUAUCCGGCAAUAUGGCGCACUUGUCCCUGCAGGAGCAUGACGGUUCAAGCGGAGCGUCGGAUCAGGACACACUCGCUCCUCUCCUCCACCCGGCUGAGGCUCCCUGGCCCAGCUUCCCGUAUCAAUACCCACCCUCGCUGCACGACGUACCUCAUCAUCACGCCGAGCCGGGCGGAGGAAGCGCCGGGAGUCACCACAGCGAGGGAAGCAGCGGUUCAAACUGCAGCUGGACUCGGACAGAGGUGAAGAUGACCUCCGGUUCGGGGGCGGCGCUGAUGAACGACGUAGCCGACGCCCCACAGUUCGACUUGCGCUUGGAGCGAGCGCCGAGCGAAGGCAGCGUCCGCAGCUCACGAUCGCACUCUCACGCGUACGGCAGCAUGUCCGGAACACGCCACCUCGCCCACGUGCCCUCCGAACUCUCGGGCUCGCGCCGCUCCUGCCUCACCGCCAACGGAGAGCUGUUCGUCGACAUCAUGUGACCACGCCCGGGUCCUGACCUUCAUUAACAUACUGUAAAGAAGAAUCGCAUUUAAAAUAACCGUAGCGUACGCUCCGUAACCGCCGUAGCCCUGGAACUAGCGUUAUUUAAAUAAAAUUUUGACUUUAUAACAUAGAAUACAAACCCCGGUUUCUUUUUUUUGGUGUAUGUAGGUAGUAGACACGUGUUUUAAUCAUCCUCAACGUGUAUAUGUGGGGCUUCCAGACGUCUGCGGAACGUUUUAUAUUUUAGUAAAACAGAGUUUUUAAUAAAACAAACAAUUAUUAAUGAAGUUAUUGUCAAACAUGCCUCAUAGGUGGUGUAUUGAACUGAUUUUAAGUUAGUAAAGGAAUAAAACGCCUCUAAAGCGGA